AUGCGAAUGUCAUCGAUCGUUCGCUGGCGGUCAGACCACUUGGCCGGCCGUGAAAUUUGGUCGCCCCGCGUUUCCCUGUACCAAACAUCAACACCAUCACAAAUUACGAAAAUGGACGACUCCGAGCUUGACCAGAUCCGAAAGGCACGCCUCGAGCAGCUCAAGGCGCAAGGCGGCGGCGGGGCGGGAGGAAGCUCCCCAGGCGGCUCGAACCAGCAGAAGCAAGCCGAGCAGAGACAACAACAAGAAGCCGAAGCGAGACAGCAAAUCCUCAACCAGAUCCUCCACCCAGAGGCGGCGGACCGCCUCGGUCGCAUCCGCCUCGUCAAGGAGCAGCGCGCCCAGGACGUCGAGAACAGGCUCAUCAUGCUCGCGCAGUCCGGACAGCUGCGCACCAAGGUCACGGAGGCCCAGCUCAAGGACCUCCUGACCGCGGUCGCCGAGAACAAGGAGGAGGAGAAGAUCGUCGUCAACAGGCGCAAGGGUUGGGACGACGACGAUGACGAUUUGCUGGAUUUGUGA